UCUGUCAAACUGAAGACGUAAAUAGAAAUGUUUUUGCAUAAAUUCGCGCUAAAAUUAUGUUUAAAACAUAAUUUUCUUAUUAAUUCCCACCAAAGAAGAUAAGAAUUAAGAAUAUUUCUUAAUCUUGUAAAACAACGUGUAAAUAAUCAUACCUUGCAGCGACAAUUGCCAAAACAUUACGAUGAGUGAUCCAAUACAAAACUUCGAGUUAAUUUUAAUGAAAAAUAGUAAAAAACCUUCGGUCGGACUUUACAAAGACAAUAAACAUAAAAACAAACAUACUUAUAAGCCGCAGGAUGUGAUAUCAACUGUUUCUCAUCAGCUUAAAGCGUUCCAAAUGGCUGAUUCUGUGAAAAGUGAAAAAUGUACGCUUAAACUUUUACCAAAGUGUAAAAACGCAAAUUUCUUAAGUGUUAGUCAUUUACCUGUGUAUAAUGAGCCACCAAAAACAAAAUUCGACACCCAAUACGCAACAGAUACACAACUCAUACACAUAAUAGAAGAUGCUGAAAUCAUCGACAUCCAUGAAGGAAUGACACAAGAGUUUGAAACUACCUUCUGUCAUCAUACCGAGAAGGUUCUGGAUGAAGAGGAUGAUGAGAAAGAAGGAUGUUUGGAUGUUGAUAGAGUCGAUGAUAGAGUAGAAAGAGAUAAAGAUGUCAAUGAUGAUAAUAAUGUUAAUAUGGAUGUAUCUGUGAGUCUAAUUUCUCCUAUUAUUAAUAGUAAUAGAGUUAAAUAUGAAGAAACAACUACAAACAGUGGUAAAAGUAAUAAUUUUGAAGCUGAAAAACAAUAUGUAGAAUGUAUAGAAAUCGAUGAUGAUGAUUUAGCAAUAGAAAUGCCUUUAAGUCCAAUAUUUGUGCAAAAAGGAACAAAACCAAAAUCAAAAACCCCAUCCCCAAUGGUUUUUAGUUUAGAAAAGUUCGAAGAAUUUGAAAAGCAAUCUGAACCAGUUUUAAUAGGCGACGAUUUGAAAUUAUCAAAGAAAAUCAUCAAUUCACAGAUUUUAGAUAAAGAACUACAUAUACAAAUGGAUGAAGAAAUAGCAUUGAAUGCAAGGAGUCCAGUUUUAAUGUAUAAAGCCAAAAAGAAAAUUAAUAACAAGGAAUUUAAAACACGCCUACUUAUAGAACCAAAUUCUGAUUCAGAUAAUGAAGUUAUAAAUCUAGAUAAAGCUACUUCAGAACAUUUAAUUAAAGAAGUAACAAAAGACGAAGAUAAAAGAUUAAAAGAUGUUAAAGCAGUUUUAAAAGAUGAGAUCUUAUUUAGUAGUGAUGAAGAAGACUUUGUUCAGCAGAGCUUGCAAGAUCUCCCUUUUACCUGUGCGCUAGAAACCUCUUUUUAUAAUCAAUCGGAUGUUCUCGAUAAAACUAUGUAUGUAGGUUUUCAAACAGCCAGUAAUAAAUCUAUUCAGAUCUUCACAGAUUCAUUUGCUCAAGCCAAAAGCAUACUAGGCGAUGUUGAUAAUGAAGUAACUGUUACUGAUAUGGUUAAAAAUUGUGAGAGCAAUGUUAAAAAUACAACUAAUGAUGAGAUACAAGGUGAAAUAGACUUUGAUGGUAAGAAAACAGAGUUCAUCUUUAACAGUGGAACUGAAAAAGAGAAGCUUGUAGAUACAGGACAAAAAGGUUCUGGUAAUUUUAAAGGUUUCAUGACAGCUAGUAAUAAAGAAAUCAAAUUGUCUCAAAAGGCAUUAGUAAGAAGUAAAAAAGUGUUCCAAGAUAUAGAUUUAAGUGAAGAUUUUGAUAAAAGAACUUUAGAGGACGAUGAUAAUGCAGAAGAAAUUGAGAAGAUUAAAGAAGAUAAACCAAAAACGGAAGAUAAUUUGAACAUAGAAGAAGAAAUACAAAACAUUGAUGAUGCUUUGAUACAAGAGUUCGAAAACAUUGAAAUGUCUUUAAAUGAGGAUAAGAAAGAAGAUGAAGUAACUCCUAUAGGUUUUAAAACUGCAAGCAAUAAAGAAAUAGAAAUAACAGAUACUGCUUUAGCUAAAAUAAAAGAUGUCUUUAAAGAUAUUGAUUUGGAUGAAGAUUUAAAUGAGAUAGAGUUGAAAGAAAAUCAUUUUAGAGAGAAGAGUCCAACUCAAGUCGAUGGUGAUUUAAAAGUUGCAUCUGAAGUAGGGUUUAAAACUGCAAGUAAUAAAUACAUAAAUAUAUCUAAAGAAGCGUUGAAUAAAACAAAGAAUGUAUUUCAGGAUCUAGAUAAUAUAAAAUUUCCUAAAAAAGCUGAAAAGAAUUCGUUUGAAAUAACGUCAGCUAUAUCAACUCCAAAACCUGAUUUUGUUGGUUUUAAAACUGCUAGCAAUAAAAAUAUUAAAGUUUCAGAAGCAGCCUUAGCUAAAACUAAGAAUUUGUUCCAAGAUAUUGAUAAUAUAGAACUAUCAAAUAAAAAAAUAGAAGAAAAUAUUGAUAAAGACGAAAUAUUUGCUAAACCGUCUACUAGUAAAGGCUUUACUGGCUUCAAAACUGCAAAUAAUAAACAAAUAAAUAUAUCCAAAGCAGCUUUAGCAAAAACUAAAAAAAUAUUUGACGAUAUAGACUCAGUGGAUUUUAAAAUGCCUAACAAACCUGAAGAAAGUAUAAAAAACAUGAAAGAAACUGAAGAAUUUUUAAAUGAAUCUAGCUUUAUUGGCUUUAAAACGGCAAGCAAUAAGAAUAUUAAAAUAUCUAAUGAAGCAAUGGCUAGAACUGAAAACAUUUUUAAAGAUAUUGAUUCAGGAAACUUCAGUUAUCCAAAAAAAUCUACGAAAACUGAAGAAAAUACUAAAUUGAAUACUGAAACUAGGGAAACAAAAGCCUUUGUAGGAUUUAAAACGGCAAACAAUAAAGAAAUCAAAAUAUCCGAUAAAGCUUUGGUUGAAACGAAGAAUAUAUUUAAAGAUAUUGAUGAUGAUAACUUCAAAUAUCCUUCAAAACACGUGAAAACUUCUGAAAAUGUCGUAAAAGAUGACGUUGGAGCUGAAACUACAGCUUUUUAUGGGCCUUCGACUAGCAAAGCUUGUUUUGUUGGCUUCCAAACCGCUAAUAAUAAGAAAGUUAAUGUUUCUAAAGAAGCAUUGGUUAAAACGAAGAAUAUAUUUAAAGACAUUUUCGAAAAAGAUUCUAAUCACAAAAAUCCUGAAGAACAUAUUAUAGAAGUCGAAGAAGAAAAUGAAAAAUUUAAUAAGCCGUCCACAAGUAAAACUAAUUUUAUUGGUUUUCAAACAGCAAACAAUAAACAGAUAACAAUUUCAAAGGAAUCUUUAGCUAAAACUAAAGACAUUUUCAAAGACAUUGAUAAAAUUAAUUAUGGAAAUUCAAACAAAGCUAAUAACGAUUCAAAAGACAUAGGAAAUGUGCCUAAAAUGGUGGAACCAGAUACAAAUCUAUGUGCACCGUCAACUAGCAAAACAAGUUUUAUGGGCUUCAAAACAGCAAAUAACAAACAAAUACAAAUCUCUAAAGAAUCUCUAGCUAAAACCAAAAAUAUCUUUAAAGAUUUAGACUCUAGUGACUUCUCAAAUGCAAAUAACCAAGAAAAAGAUGAAGAAAAGCUUCCAUACCCAAGUUUCAAAGAAGAUAUCCCUCCUAUAAAGAGUAUGACUGAUUUUGUUGGGUUCAAAACUGCAAAUAAUAAGGUUAUCAAUGUUUCCGAAAAAGCUAUAGCCAAAACUAAAAAUAUUUUUAACGAUUUAGAGGACUCUGAAAUUGAAACUACAAAAAGAACUAAAAAAGACUAUCCAGACAUUGAAAUAGAUACAAAAGAUGUUACUGAUAAAGAUGAAAGCCCUACAAGUACUAAAGAUGGUAAUUUAUAUAUAAAAGUAAAUAAAAUAUCAAAAUUUCAAGGCUUCCAAACAGCUAGUAAUAAAAAGGUUGAAAUUUCGGCAGAAGCUUUACUAAAAACACGAAAAAUAUUCCAAAAUAUUGACGCCGAUGAAGACAUGAAUAAUAUAAACUCAAAAACAGACAAUAUAAACAAUUUAAACCUCGCUAACGAUGAUAAAGAUCACAAACAUGACCUCAAUUUAGCACUAGAUCAAAAUAAAAGUCCAAUUUUCAUAGGGUUUCAGACAGCUAAUAAAAGACCUGUAGUCAUAUCUGAAGAAGCAUUAGCUAAAAGUAAAAAACUAUUUCAAGAUUUGGAAACCAUCCAGGACGAACCCGAACCAGAAUUUCAUGGCUUCAAAGCUAUUAACAAUGAAGAACUAGAAUUAUCACAAAAAGCGUUAGUUGAUGCUGUGAAAAUAUUUGAAAAGGAACUGAAAGAUGAUUCGCAAUUCCAAACGGCAUAUGAAAGUCGAAAACUACUUAAAGAAAUCGAAGUUAAUGAAAAUAGACUGCGAAAUUAUGGAACAAACAUUCCUAAAAUAAAAACCGAUAUAAAAAAUUGCGAUGCUAAUAAAGGUAACGAUGGUAUAAGAAAUAAACGUCCAUUUGCAGAUGUAGAUUCUUCAAAUGACAAAAUAACCAAUUUCGACGAGGGAUUAGAAAACAUUAUCAAUACACAAGUUUUAAAUAACUUCGAUCAAAGCUUACAUACUGAAGAUUUUCGCGAAACCCCCGUCAAAGCAAAACGGCCAUCAAGCCCAAUCUUAUCGUGCCCAAAAGCGAAAAAACGGCGAAAAUUUGAAACACCAUACUCUCAAAAACUACCAGUUGUUCCAAAAAAAGAAAUAAUCAAACCAAAAGACGGAAAUAAAAUGAAAUUCAAUGAAAAUUACAAGCGAAAGAAAGAAUAUACUUUGAAAGAUUUGGAAAAAAUGACGCGAAAUUGCAGCGCAAAAACAGAUACAUAUUUGACGACUUUUCGAUUCGAUAGCCUAUUACAAUUUGUGUUCAAAAAUGAAAGAAACGACUUAACUGAAGGCGAUUUAACAAUCGAAUCGCUCAAAACAUAUUUUAGUGAUUCAGUGACCUGUAAACUUAUACCAAAUGGCUGGUUGGAUAACCAUUUGAAGUUAAUAUUAUGGAAGCUAAUAUCUUACGAAAUUAAAUUCAAUAGUCUAUUUUGUACUGCAAGAAAUGUUUUAGAUCAAUUGAAGUUUCGUUACGAUAUGGAAUUGUUUAAUGCUAAAAGACCAGCGUUGAGGAAGAUCUUUGAGAAAGACGAUGUGCCAUCGAAGACUCUUGUAUUGUGCGUCGCUGAGAUAUAUGAAGAUGGUGUCAGAGUUGCCAGUGCAUCAACAUCAAACAAUGUGGAACUACUACUAACAGAUGGUUGGUACUGCAUCAAAGCCAAUAUUGACAAGAUGUUGGCCCAACAUGUGUGCCAAGGGAAGAUCGUGGUUGGAACCAAGCUGGUCACCAAUGGUGCUGAGUUGGUUGGUUGUGAACAAGGAGUUUCACCGUGGGAGGAUACUACAGCAAUACGCUUAAAGCUCUUCGGCAACUCAACGCGCAGGGCUCGCUGGGACGCGCGUCUCGGUUACCAUGGCAACGCCGCCAUCUUGUCCCAACUGUCAUCUGUCAAAAUAGAUGGCGGGAAAGUUUCGAAACUAAGAGUUUAUGUGACUAGAGUGUAUCCUGCUUUGUAUGUGGAAAAAUUUGAGGAUGGGAGCACUGUGUUCAGGCCGGAGCUGCAAUACGAGCAGUCCGCCCAUCACAUACUCUAG